UUUCAAGAUGGCGGUGGCUUGUUGGUUGACCGAGAGGCUGACUUGAAGGCACUAAAAAGUAAAAGAGGCUGGGAGUCAUCCCCUCCUUGGUUCUCACAGCUCUGGGAGCCCAGCAGAAGUGUUUUUUGUUUUCUUUUAAUGAACAAGGAAACCACACAGAUUGUCAACAUGGGACAGAGAUCUACAUCAUCCACCAAGAGUGGAAAAUUUAUGAACCCUACAGACCAAGCUCGAAAGGAAGCCCGGAAAAGAGAAUUAAAGAAGAACAAAAAACAGCGCAUAAUGGUACGAGCUGCAGUUUUGAAGAUGAAGGAUCCCAAACAGAUUAUCUGGGACAUGGAGAAAUUGGAUGAAAUGGAAUUUAACCCAGUGCAACAGCCACAGUUAAAUGAGAAAGUACUGAAAGACAAGCGUAAAAAGCUGCGUGAAACCUUUGAACGUAUUCUACGACUCUAUGAAAAAGAGAAUCCAGAUAUUUACAAAGAACUGAGAAAGCUAGAAGUAGAAUAUGAACAGAAGAGGGCUCAACUUAGCCAGUAUUUUGAUGCUGUCAAGAAUGCUCAGCAUGUGGAAGUGGAGAGUAUUCCUUUGCCAGAUAUGCCACAUGCUCCAUCCAACAUUUUGAUCCAGGAUAUUCCACUUCCUGGUGCCCAGCCACCCUCCAUCCUUAAGAAAACCUCAGCCUAUGGACCUCCAACUCAGGCUGUUUCUAUCCUUCCUCUUCUUGGACAUGGUGUUCCACAUUUGCCCCCAAGCAGAAAACCUCCUGGCCCUCCCCCUGGUCCACCACCUCCUCAAGUUUUGCAGAUGUAUGGCCGUAAAGUGGGCUUUGCCCUAGAUCUUCCUUCUCGUAGGCGAGAUGAAGACAUGUUAUAUAGUCCUGAACUUGCUCAGCGGGGUCAUGACGAUGAUGUUUCCAGCACCAGUGAAGAUGACGGCUAUCCUGAGGACAUGGAUCAAGAUAAACAUGAUGACAGUACUGAUGACAGUGACACUGACAGAUCAGAUGGAGAAAGUGAGGGGGAUGAAUUUGUACAUCGUGAUGAUAAUGAAAGAGACAACAAUGAAGAAAAAAAGUCAGGUCUCAGUGUACGAUUUGCAGAUAUGCCUGGAAAAUCAAGGAAGAAAAAGAAGAACAUGAAGGAGCUGACUCCUCUUCAAGCGAUGAUGCUUCGCAUGGGUGGUCAGGAAAUCCCUGAGGAGGGACGGGAAGUAGAGGAAUUUUCAGAGGAUGAUGAUGAAGAUGAUUCUGAUGACUCUGAAGCAGAAAAGCAAUCACAAAAACAGCAUAAAGAGGAAGCUCAUUCUGAUGGCACAUCUACUGCUUCUUCACAGCAGCAGGCUCCCCCACAGUCUUAUCCAAAAGAUGAGCAGCUGCUGAGGGUCCACCCACUGCGGGUCAAGGACAGGGAGGGGCAGUCCGAGAUCCGCAAACAAAGACGCAGAGGGCGUUGUACUCUGGAACAGGUGCUCAUGGGUAACAUGGACAGACUGCCUGCCCAAAGAGGUGAUGGGAAUUCAGAGUACAUGUGGUUGGCUGUGUGGGUCGAGGAUUGGCAGCUAAGCAAGAGUACUCGAAUGAGGUAUCUCAUCAAUGUCACUUUUGAGGGGAGAAAUCUGUCCUUCAGUGAAGAUGGCUACCAGAUGCACCCGAAACUGGUGAUCAUCCUUCUGAAUAAGGAGAGGAAAUGGGAGCGGGUGGCCCUCCCUCCACUGAGUCUCAUCUGUGCUCCUGCUCUCCACCCUAAUCAGUCUGCUUUCACGGUGACAGCGGAGACAUCGUCAUUUGAGAUGUGUUCUGGGCCCCUGAUGUAG